AUGUCCGUCUCUGAAUUUGUGGAUCCAAUAACGACACAGAAGCAGCUGAACUCAGCGUAUUAUUUCCAUCUCGUUUCCUUUAGCUUGCUUUUCUACGACUACUUCCUCACGCUUGACUGGGAAAUCGAGCGCUACUGGGGCACGCAGCUCACCUGGCCGUCGUUCUUCUACUUCGUCAACCGCUACGGCACGCUGUUUGGCAACAUCCCGGUCGUGAUUGAAUACUUUUGGAGUACGCCACCAACGCCAAGGAAACUGAUGGUCCUCGUUGGAGCGAUGCUCAUUUUACGGACAUACGCACUGUAUGAGCGCAAUAAACGUGUGUUGGCGCUCAUGUUGGCUUUCACGACCGGCUCUGUCGCGGUCGGCAUUUGGUCGGUUGCGACAGGCAAGUCGGAUAAGGGAAAUGUAAAUCUGGAGCUCUAUUUCGGAUGCAACUAUCCCAUCUCUCGAGACGCAGCAUUGAGCACACUCAUACCUUGGGCCGCUGUUGCUGUCUUCGACACGAUGAUUUUCUUCCUCACGCUGGGCAGAGUGCUCUACCGACGCUCCAUCACACCACGCAGCAGUAUGGACUUAUUGAGUAUCCUACUGAGGGAUGGGGCGAUCUACUUUGGAGUGAUGGUGAUGUCGAACCUGGCCAACAUUUUGACGUUUGUCCUUGGCACUCCUUACACACGGGGCAUUGCGACGACAUUUACCAACAUCCUUGCUUCCAUAUUAAUAUCGCGCCUGAUGCUCAACCUCCGGGACCCCGCGCUCGCCCACAUGUCGGGGAGAGCGAGGGGGCAGACGGGUAGUACGACCCUCACGAUGGGGCCAACAACACGGUUGAUGGAUGCGCCAGAUGUGAUGCUUGAUACCGAAUACGAACUCUCAACGCAAGCCCCAAAUUAUGAUAAACCAGACCCGUAUAUUAUGAGCAGCGCGCGCGCAGUCUAA